GACGGCGAGGCCGAGGCCGAGGAGUUCGGCUGCCCCGCGCACUGCUCCGACCUGGCGUGGCGCCAGAACGAGCAGCGGCGCCACGGCCUCUACUGCGACAUCACGUUGGCCUUCGGCGGCGGGCGGCCCGGCGCGGCCCGCGAGUACCGCGCGCACCGCUCCGUGCUGGCCGCCGCCACCGAGUACUUCACGCCGCUGCUCUCGGGAGGCUUCGCCGAGUCGCGCUCGGGCCGCGUGGAGCUGCAGAAGUGGAGCUCGGAGGGCGGCCCCGACCCCGACACGGUGGAGGCCGUCGUGGGCUUCAUGUACACGGGCACGAUCCGCGUGAGCCCCGGCAACGUCCACGAGGUGCUGGAGAUGGCGGACAGGUUCCUGCUCACGCGCCUCAAGGAGUUCUGCGGCGAGUUCCUCAAGAAGAAGCUCAACCUGUCCAACUGCGUGGCCGUGCAUAGCCUGGCCCACAUGUACUCCCUCAACCAGCUGGCGCUCAAGGCGCAGGACAUGAUCCGCAGGAACUUCCACAGGGUCAUCCAGGACGAGGAGUUCUACACGCUGCCCUUCCACCUGCUCAGGGAUUGGCUCUCGGACUCGGAGAUCACGGUGGACUCGGAAGAAAUCCUCUUCGAGACCGUCCUGAAGUGGGUGCAGAGGAAUCCCAGCGAGAGAGAGAGGUACUUCGAAGAGCUCUUCAAGCUGCUCAGGCUGUCGCAGAUGAAGCCCACGUACCUCACUCGCCACGUCAAAUCCGAGCGGCUGGUGUCCAGCAACGACGCCUGCGCCCAGCUGGUGGCCGAGGCCGUGGAAAGCCAUGCCCUGCGCUCGGAGAACCUGCGCUCCGGCAACCUGCAGCUUGCCACGUGUCCCCUGGCGUCGCUGCCUCGCUUCGGGCAGAACAUGGACGUCAUCAUGGUGAUCGGCGGCGUGUCCGAGGGAGGGGAUUACUUGAGCGAGUGCGUGGGGUAUUUCCUCGAUGAGGACAGGUGGGUGAACUUGCCACACAUACACAACCACCUCGACGGGCACGCCGUUGCCGUCACAGAGUCUUACGUUUACGUGGCUGGCUCCAUGGAGCCAGGCUUUGCCAAGACUGUGGAGAGGUACAACCCGAACAGAAACAUUUGGGAGCAAGUCUCCAACUUGAUAACCAGAAAACACUCUUUCGGCCUUACAGAAGUGAAAGGGAACUUGUACAGUAUCGGUGGGCACGGCAAUUUCAGCCCUGGCUUCAAAGAUGUGGCCAUUUAUAAUCCCGAGCAAGACAAGUGGCUUAACCUGGAGUCGGCCCCGAAGAUUCUGCGCGACGUCAAAGCUGUGUCUGUAGAAGAUCGCUAUGUUUACGUUGCUGCCCGUACCCCGGUCGACAGCGACAGCGAGGACGGGUUGAAGGCGGUUAUCAUCAGAUACGAUGCCGAAACAAGGCAGUGGCAAGACGUGGAGUCCCUGCCACUCAUUGAUAACUACUGCUCCUUCCAGAUGUCUGUUGCCAACACCAAUUUUUACCACACCGCGUCCUGCUGCCCCAAGAGUUACCCCAUCGACAACGAAGAAGCUAAGUCAAAGAUUUCGGGCAGGGCCUCGGACGAAAUCCUGGAAAGUUUACCCCCCGAGGUGCUUAGCAUCGAAGGGGCUGCCAUCUGUUACUAUAAAGAGGACGUUUUCAUCAUCGGGGGCUGGAAGAACAGCGACGAUAUCGACAAGCAGUACAGGAAGGAGGCGUAUCGCUACUGCGCCGAGAGAAAGCGCUGGAUGCUCCUGCCCCCGAUGCCGCAGCCCCGCUGCAGGGCCACAGCCUGCCACGUGAGGAUCCCUUUCAGGUGCUUGCAGGGCACCCAGAGGUACCCCAUGCCGCAGAAUCUCAUGUGGCAGAAGGACAGGAUAAGGCAAAUGCAGGAAAGACAGAUGCAGGAAAUACACAGGCACUCGCUGAGCUUGCGCAGAAUGCCGCGCUCGCAGAUCGAGUGCUAGUUUCUGCAGGAUCACUCCUGAUGGGUCUGGUUUACCACGUAGUGUACUAAGCCGUUCUGAAGGCUUGAGGUGUUUCUUUAAGAUGCUGGCAUUUCCUUGGGUUUGAGUCAUGAAAAUAGCUUCUCUUUAUUGAAUAUCGAAAACUAAGAAGCUCAGAAGUUGAGGAUGGAUAGGAAGUAAGAAACUCCAAAUCCAAAUAUAUUGCCUGUUGCGCCCAGGGAAAAGCUGCUUUCCUAUUAAUGGGCCAUGAAAUAUCUCCAGGAACACUAAAUCUGUUAAUUCUCUCUUCAGAUCUUUGUUGUCAAAGAUUUAUGUAGAGUUAGUCUUAACAGUUCUGUUUGAAAAUCAAAAAUCUCUAAAUAAUUCAGUGGUUGCAUCUGAGUGCGUGCUGAAAGCACCUCUUUUAUUUGCACUUACAUAUUGACAUUCCUUUGAUCCCCUCCUGGGUGGCUGAACUUCACAGGUCUCGCAGUGCGCUCUGCUUUCCCAAGCACGUGCAGUGAUUACAUAUCUGCUAUGAAAACAAAAGCACAAUCUUUCUUUAUCAAAUUACUUCAGAAUGUUUCUCUCUAUAUUAAAUAUAUAUAUUAAAUAUAUAUAUAUUUUGUAUCUGUGGAGCAUAGCAAGUCUGCAGAGGUUGCUUAUAAACAGAUGAUGGGUAGAACAUCAGUCGCUUGCUAAAACUGAGACCUUGAGGCAGUGGAUUUUUCCAGGUGUAUCUGGAGUUUGUUGUUGGUAACUUCAUUAGCAACGUGGUCAAUAAUCAUGACGAAAAGAGUAAAACCAGCAGAGUAGCCCCCAGCCACAGCAGAGCACUCGCUCCUGAGGUCACAGUGGAAUAACGAGAGUCAAUACUCACGGUUAUAGGUUAAAGCUAAGCAGCUUGUGGAUCCUUUCUCAAACGUUGCACUCCUUUGGUUCCAGCGAGGAUGUGACUAAAAGAGCCCCGUGAAGCUGUUCCCAGCCUGCCCCGACAAUCAGCACCUUUCGCCUUCCAUGUGUGUUCCCCAGAGGCUCCAAGAGCUGGCGCCACCGGGCUCCUUAAGCCAGCGCUUCGUGUUCCCCUCCAAGGGGUUGCUUGGCUCUUGAGGAUGAUUUUAGAGGCGUCCAAGGCUUCAGUCUCUACGUGUUUGUGUUGCCCACUUGGUGUGGUUGGAGGAUUUAAGCUGCUGGGGAUGAGGUGGAGCUGGUGAGGUACCUUUGAGGUGCUUUCCUGUGAAUGGGAACCCCGUUUGGCUCUGGUUCACUUGCAGUCCUGCCCCCAGAGAUCCCCUCAGGAUCAGUGUGGGUGCCUGUGAGCGACCCGGCCCACUGAACACUCCUCCUGCCCGCUCUGAGGAGCUCCGGGAGGCUUUGGCUGCCUGGGGAUUCAGUGCUUCCCUCCUGCCUCCUCUCCUGCCCCAUCCUUCCCUCUAUUGGAACCUUCCAGGUUUUCUCUUGCAGCCUAACUCAGGAUCUUCGGGAAGGGAAAGGCAGGAAAAACCAGGGUGUUGCAAAUCUCGUACAGGUGAACAUUGUUGGAAAAGCCGCUUGCUGUCGUCAGUCUAUGUGAUAGUUUGCUGAGGUCUUUGAUGUGAGCAGCUUCUUUGCAGAACAGCUUCUAAACUUUUUUAAUUAUUAUUGUUUAGCUUUGUGCACUGAUACUUCUUAUUUUCCAAUUCAGCAGGCAGCCUAGAUCAUGUCUGAAACACCGGGUAAGUCUUUCAACCACGUCAUUUGUACAGGUUUCUCUAAUGUGAAUGCCCCGGAAUGCUCCACCGUGCAGUUCACUUGACACUCCAGUAUCAAUAACUUGCCUUGUAACAGAAUAAUCGAGCCUUGUUGGUUUUUAUCUUGCAAAUCUAACAGUUUAGGCUCAAUUGACUCAUCCGUAGUAACCUUGUUUUGUUUUCUUUGCCCGUUGGAUUGCUGUGCAAGGGCAGAUUCGGUUGUGUGGGCCUGGCCUCACACAGGGGAGGAAAUGGGGAAACUUGCUGGGGUUUCAGGCCGGCGUUCAGAAGUGGCUCUUGCCAAACCGAUGGCUGUGGUGGCCGUUGGGUGGACUUGGAGGAUUUGGCUGCAGCAGUUUGAGAACUACUGCCCUGAUGACGCAGUCGGGGCAUGAAAUGUGUGGAAAAGCCUCUCGGCUUCAUUCUAGAGCCCACUGAUCUUACCUGAACUUAUCAGAGCCCAGCUGAAGAUUCUUUACCAGGCUUCACCCAGCGGCAGCUGAGAAGACUUCACAUAUUUCAUUCCACUGACUUUCCUCAAAGGUUUUCCACCAACAGUUGAAGGAUGCUGGUACACGAGGCCAGCAAAGCCCUGGGUAGGCAGCGUGCUGAUAAACAGCCAACAUUUUGCAGGGGGAAAUACCAGGGUUAUUAUUUCAAUGGGAAUACAAGCUAAAUCUUUCCAAGUGGGGCACCGCGCUGUAAAGUUAGUGAUGUGAGACCAAGCUUUUUGCAGUCUUUUUUUUUUUUCCUAAGCAAAGUUGCUAUUUGCACUUACUGUGAGAACUUUAGGCUAACAUACAAGUCGUGUCGUUUACUAAAUACAUUCCACUAGAAAACUGAUGGCAAAGUAACCUCAUAGCCAGGCGAAUGCCCCGCGGUUCUGGGUGCGAUGCUCUGUAUUUCUCUCCGUAUGUCCUGUCUGCAUGUGAAUGGCGAGCGCUGUGAACGCAGUCAGUUGCUCCCCCUUUCGCUCUGCCAAUUCUAGAGGAUCUUUAAGCAGGUGGGUGUUUUUUGCCCUGACUUUAAGGGGACCAGUUGCACCGCACACAGUUUUUACCUGCCGAGGCUGCCUCUCCAUUGAGCAGAUGGAGCAGAUGUCCAGGAAAGUUGAGUUACUGACAGUGGGAGUAGUUCAGCCCUGUGGAUCACGGGACAGAUUCCUUGCGGCUCUUGCCUGCCGUAGCUUGCUCAGUAUUUAUAGAAUGCACCCAGAGGCAAAAGCCUGUGAGUUCUUUCUGUAGCGUCUAGCUCAAUGUCUCUGAGAUCGUGGUAUAUUCAGCAAGUCCAAGGCUGCCUUUGGCCCUCCUCGUGUGAAGGGAGAUGGAGCGUUGUCCCUCCUUGCGACCAAUCAUACCUCUAACUGCUAAGUCUGUGCCAUGAAAUGCAUGUUUCCUGUCCCGUCUUUCCGUUCAGAAGCUGAGUGAAGUAGGACAUGUCCUGCCCUGCGCUAAGCUGGUAAUGUAAUCAUUUCUAGGUGCCAUACAUGUACAUAAUAUUUUAUAUCAACCUCAAUACUCCGUUAGUAUACUGUUUUUUUAUGUAUUUUUUAACAAGAUUUCCUCUUACACAUAGUAAGACACUGCUCUGGAAACACAGAAAAUAUACCAACUUUCUAAGCAUGCAAUCUGAAUAUUACUCUGCUAUUUUUUCUCCAUUACCAUAAACGAUAAGAACUAUCACCUCGCCGUCGUGUCACAGAGCAGCUCGAUCACUAUUGUCAAACCAAGUCACCACAGCAGCUUUCUCAAAGAUCAUCUGUAACUUGCCAUUGUAAUAGGGUGUUGUAGCUUCCAGCGGGCUUUGCAGACAAGCUGAAAACACGUGUUUUCCGGCUUAAAUUUAUUCUCAGCCAUGUCCUUGUUCCAUUAGAAUAUCAUCUCCUUUGUGCCCGAAGCAGAAGUCUGCUAAUACAGGCACUCCGGAGGAUCGAAUCCUGUUAGGAAUACGGAUGUAAAACACAGAUCUAACUAGCUGUGUGAAGACCAUUACUAGCCAGAUGCUCCUGGACGGCGG